AUGUCCACACAGCAAGCUUUUCCUGAAAGCUGGUUCUUUAUCAAGCAUCAAAACGGCUAUGUAUUGACCGCAUCACAAGAAAGCGAGGGAUCGCACGUUGUCAUUUCAUCUCUCAAUACCACCAGCCCUGAUAGCCAAUUAUGGCGUUACAAUGAAAAGGGACUUCUUGUCAACAAGCAAACUGGUUUUUCCAUGGAGGUCCACCAAGGCAAUGCCAAGACUGGUACUGAGAUUGUGCAAAGCAGCACCACAGCUGAAAAGGAGGUCCACCAACAAUUCUCUCUUACCGAGGAUGGUCGUAUUUGCCUCAAGAAUGACAAGUCGCUUGUUCUCGGCAUUAAGGAAUCCUUUUUCUCCCGACGUGAAGGUCUUCGUGCACAUUUGCAGAGUGCUGACAAGCCUGGCAAAGAGCAGCAAUGGACAUUUGUUGUACCUGUGAUCAAGACCACCACCACUCACGAGACCCAUGAGAUCAAAAAGAGCUCGAACAAUAAUGAUGAUGAUAAUGAUGAACAGCGAGCCGUGAGCCAACAAAAGGAUCAACAAAGCUUCAGUCUCCCUGUGGGCACAUUCCCUAGCACACCCUUUUUGCUCAAGGCACAACAAGGCGAGGGAUUGUUCAUGGGUGUGGAUGCAAACCAAGAAGGGGGUCGUGUCGUUGUUGGUGCAUUGCGUCAAACUGAGGAAGAAUACGAGUACCAAUUGUGGACGUAUGAAGCUAGCACCGGUCACCUUGUCAACAAGCGUAGUGGUCUUGUAUUGGGUGCUGAGCAAUUGGAAGAACAUGCCCACGUGUGCCAAACCUCUCGUCGUGAUGCAUGCGAGAAGCAAGUAUGGGGUCUUUCUGAGAGCAAUGAAAUCUAUCUCAAGAAGGAUGCUUCCUGGGUCCUUGGCGUCAAAGAACAAGGUGGCGUGUCGUACAUUCAUGUUCAGAAAAAGGCCUCUGUGGAGUCGCAAAGAUUCUCGAUUGCAUUGCCUGUUGUCAAGAAGCAGACUAUUGUUCGUAGAUGGGGCAUCUUCCCUGAAGGCGAACUUUUGAUCCGUAUCAAUGCUGGUGCUGAGAAGUUGACAUUGUCCGUUGACAAGGAAACCCAUGCUGUGAGCCUUCGUCCAUUGGAUUUCGAAAACAUUCAAUCCCAAUUGUGGCGUUACGAGCAAGAGGAGAGUGUUCUCGUACAUGUCGAAACUGGUCUUGUCUUGGAUGGUGCUGAUACCAAGCAAUUGCAUGUACGCACAAAGUCAUCCGAAUCGAAGAAUACCCAAGCAUGGGCAUUGACGCCUUCGUGUGAAAUCCAUUUGCGCUCGAAUGAAUGCAUGGUCAUUGGUGUUGCAAGCGAAAAAGAAGCAUCCACUUCAGGUGCAGUGAUUGGUCUUCACGAGGUGCGUUCCACCACUUCAGUUGAAUCAGGCAAGCAAGUGUCUAGUCUUGAAUCCCACGAUUGGUUCCGCUGGUCGUUUGGCAAGGCUGUUGUUGAGAAGACCACCUCCACUACCGAUACUUCUUCUUCCACUACAACUACUACCACUCAGCAACCCGCUACUGAUGACCACAAGCACCACCAAUGUACUGACCAUUGCGUCGCCAUUGAAGAGCGUCAUGAAGCUGUCACCGAUGCCCCCCAUGAGGUACAUGCUGCUACUGCUGUGCAUGAGAACAAGUCGUCCAACACUGUUUCAUACCUCAAAGCAACCGCCACUACCACUGUCAUUCUUACCAUUGUGCGUGCAUGGCGUGUGACAUUUACCCAACGCAUUCAGCAAUGCAAGACCAAGGAAGAGGUGAAGGCCGUUGUGGAGCAAAGCCGUGCCGAUCUUGAGCAACGCCUUGAAAAGCACAGCAAGCGUGUUUCGUCGUCAUCGCAUGAAGAAUGGUCCUCAUCCAUCACGAGUGUCAAGGAGACUAUGCGUACCCAGUUGUUUGACCAAGUCAUCUCCAAGGUCAAUGAAUCAUCCUCUGACACCGUUUCCAUGGACGAGAUCAAGUCUUUGAUGGAUCAUACUUGCACCGAGAUCGAGUCGCAUGUCAACAAGAACACCAAGAAGGAGGAGGAAGAGCAAGUUGUUGAUACCCACACUGCCAAGGAAGCUGUAUUGGUUGCUGUUGCUAGUAUCCAUGUCACCUAUCGCUACUGGCUCAAGAGUGUGCAGCACAAGAUCACCGAGGCACGCAACAAGGGAGCUUCUGAGCAAGAGAUUGACACCAUUAUGCAAGAAGCCCAUACUCAGCUUAAGACUGAGAUUGAACAAUCCCGCACUUCGAUCAAGGAAUCCAAGUCUUGGCAAGUCAUUCAAGGUGGCACUCAACAAUCCGUCAUUGCUUCAUUCGAUCGUAUCGAGUCUGUGGUUCAACAAGAGUUGAAGGUUGUCACCACUGAAAAGAUUUAUACCUCUGAAGAACGUUUCUCUUCUUGGAUCUCUCAAACCGAAGAGAAGCUUUCCACUGAGCUUGAUACUUGCCAACACAAGAUUCAACAGCAACAUGAAAAGGAGAAUCAACAUGAUGAUGACAAGGGUGCCACCACUGAAGUUGUUCAAGAGCAAGCUGCUGUUCAUCUCGUUUCGUCCAAGCUCACUGAGACCAAGACUGAGAUCACCGUUUGGUACAAAAAGUUGGUUGAAGAGAUCACCGCUACCUACACCAGCACCACAAAGGUCGCCAAGGAAGAUGUUCUCGUUAUCAUUGAUGCUGCUCAAGUCGACCUUGAUGAGCUCAUUGAGCAAACCAAGCACGCUAUCCAUCAACAAUCUUCUCAUCUCUCAGCUGCUACGCGUCGCCAAUUCGAAUACAGCAUUGAGACCAUUCGCACCACCAUUCUCGCUUCCAUUGUUCGCUUCAAAAAGUGCGUUGAUGUUGAGGAGAUCUCGCAUGAAUCGGUUCACAAGUAUCUUGAGCUCGCAUUUGGUUCAGUGGCUGGUUUGCACUUGGUUGGCAAGAUUGAUCAUGUCGUCCACAAGGUCCAAGGUGGUUCUUCCUCUUCUUCUUCUUCGUCCAAGGUUGAGCACAAGACUACUAAGGAAUCUCAUGCCAUUACUAUUAUUGAAGAAUUAUCCUCGAGCCUCACUCAAAAGUUCUCCGAAUUGAAGGGCCAUAUUGCAUCCAAGCAAUCCUCUCGUCAAGAGACUGAGCAGCUGUUCAUCACCUUUGAGCAAGAACUUUCUGUCACCUUUGAGAAGACCAAGACCAAGAUGGACUCUUCCAGCAUUGAGAAUCGCGUGUACUACAAGGAGGUCUAUGACUUGCUCCGUAUCACGACAAUGGAGCGUUACCAUGAGAUUAAGCAGACUACCUUGGUUGAACAAGUCUCCAAUGUGACUGAGCGUGUUGACAUGGUCGUCGAGGCAUUCAAGAAACAAGUGACUGUACAAUUGGAAUCUGCCAAGAAGAAUGAGCAUAAGGUUGUUGACCAUCCUCAUAAGCAACCUACCAAGGAGUCGCCUGAUCACAAGCCAGAGGAAAAGAAGCACCAUUCUUCCAUUGGUUCUGCUAUUGCUGCUGGUGCCGCUGUUGCCGUUGGAGCUGGAGCUGUUGCCGCUAUCGUGCAUCAUGAGAAGCACAAGAACGAUAGCCAAGGUGGUGGACAUGUCGAACACAAGCCCGUUGAGAAGCCUCAUCAGGAAGAGCACCAUGAGGAAAAGAAGAAGCCUCAACCUGAGCAUCAUGAGGAAAAGCAUGAGCAAGAGCACACCGAAUACCAUCAACACCAUCAAGAGAUCUCUCAUGAUAUUGUCAAGACUGGCACUGUUGUUGUGGUUGUGGAGCAUGUCAAGACUACAAUCACCACACGCUUGGAGGAACUCGUUGAAGAAGUGCGUGUGUCGAUCGAAAAGGGCCAUGCCAAGACUGCUGAAAGCAUUGAGACGAUCGUGUCCAAGGCCACUUCAUCCAUCAAGGAAGAGCUCAAGCACAUUUGCAGCCAAGCUGAGCACAAUGUCAAGUGCAAGAGCGAACAAGAAAAGAAGCAGCUUGUGUCCACCAUCACUUGGGCCAUCACCUUGAUCACUGAGAUCACCAUCCAGAUCCAGACCAUCUAUGUCAAGGCCAUUACUUCCAGCACUAAGAUCACUGAAUCCACCAAGCAAAGUGUCACUGAGAUCAUUGAAUCCACCAAGACCAAGAUCCACACUGAAUUUGAAAAGUGUCACAAGCAAGUCAGUGAUGAGAAGCAUCAAGACAAGUCCACCUCUUCCUCUUCCAAACAUCUUGUGGAGAUCGAAGUGACCGAGUAUACCAUCACUCGUAUUCGUUAUCACUUUACCACCAUCAUUGAGGAGAUUUGUGUCCACAUUGUCAAUGGCAAGUCUGAGCAUGAUGUCAAGGAAUUGGUUGCCAAGCUCAAGAAGACUUUGGAAAGUGAACUUGCCAUCAUCAUCACCAAGAGCAAGGAUGCUAAGGGAUCUCAAGCUGUUAUUGACACUAUCAACUGGGCCAAGGGCAUGAUUGAGCAAUGCAUUGUCACCAUUGAGGCUAUGGCUGUCCAAUUUGUUGCUGCUCACUCCAAGGACAAGAAGGUGAUCUAUGAUCAAAUGAUUGCUCAUGUCGACGCUGUUAUUGUUCAAAUCGAGACUGCCUUUGAGCGUUGUGGUGCCUCGUUCAAGAUCCAUACUGGUAAAGAAGAGGUCCAUGAGAGCAAGGAAUGUGUCAAGAAGGAAAAGGAGUCCAAGGACAAAAAGCCAUCGGAUGAUCACAAGGACAAGUCCACCUCUUCCUCUUCCAAGCAUCUUGUGGAGAUUGAAGUGACCGAGUACACCAUCACUCGUAUUCGUUAUCACUUCACCACUAUCAUUGAGGAGAUUUGCGUCCACAUUGUCAAUGGCAAGUCUGAGCAUGAUGUCAAGGAAUUGGUUGCCAAGCUCAAGAAGACUUUGGAAAGUGAACUUGCUAUCAUCAUCACCAAGAGCAAGGAUGUCAAGGGAUCUCAGGCUGUGAUUGAUACCAUCAACUGGGCCAAGGGCAUGAUUGAGCAAUGCAUUGUCACCAUCGAAGCCAUGGCUGUCCAAUUUGUUGCUGCUCACUCCAAGGACAAGAAGGUGAUCUAUGAUCAAAUGAUUGCUCAUGUUGAUGCUAUCAUUGUUCAAAUCCAAACUGCCUUUGAGCGUUGUGGUGCAUCCUUCAAGAUCCAUACUGGUGAAGGUAGUGGUGCUGGUGCCAAGCAUGAGGAGAAGGAAGAGAAGAGCCAUGGAUCAUCCAAGAGCGUUGUCACUGUUGAAGUGACCGAGUACACUGUGACCCAUAUCCGUUAUUGCUUCACCACCAUCAUUGAAGAGAUGUGUGUCUACAUUGUCAAGGGCAAGUCUGAGAGUGAUGUCAAGUCGCUUGUGGCCAAGCUUCGCAAGACGCUCGAAGGUUCAUUGGAAGUGAUUAUCACCAAGGUCAAGCAUUGUGGUCAUGGCGAGAAGCAACAGCUUAUCGAUCUCAUCACCUGGGCCAAGGGUAUGAUUGAGCAAGCCAUUAUUCAAAUUGAGGCUAUGGCUGUUCAAGCAGUGGCUGCACACAGCAAGGACAAGGAUGUUAUCUAUGAGCAAAUGACCACCCAUGUUGAGGCUAUCCUUGUACAAAUCAAGACCGCUUUGGAACGCUUCUCAUCCAUCAAGAUUGACGUUGACCAGUCUGAAGCCAGCAAGGUUGUUGAGCACAAGGAAUGCAAGAAAUCCACUGAAAAGAAAAAGAAGGAUUCUUCAUCAUGCGGCAAGAAGAAGCAAGAUACCAAAAAGAAGUCUUGUGGUAGUGGCAGCAAAUCGGCUUCAUCUGGCACCAAAAAGACUGGCAGCAAAUCGGCUUCUGGUACUAUGGAGAUCACCGAGUACACUAUCACUCGCAUCCACGUGUGCUUCACCACCGUCAUUGAGAAGAUUACUGUUUGCGUUGUCAAGGGCAGCUCCUCAAGUGAGAUUAGCAAGCUCGUUGCCAAGGCCAAAAAGUCCAUUGAAAGUGAGCUUUCGGUUGCCAUCAAGAAGGUCAAGGGCCGUCAAAGUUUGAUUGAGACUAUCACUUGGGUCAAGGAUUUGGUUGCUCAAGGACUCGUCCAAAUUGAAGCUGUUGCUGGUCAGCUUAUUGCCGCUCACAACAAGGACAAGAAGGUUAUCUCUCAACAAUUGAAUGCCUCUGUCGAAGCUAUCAUUGUGCAAAUCAAGACCGCUUUGGAACGCUGUGACAAGUCCGUUCAUCUUCAAGUUGGCAAGAAGAAAUCAGCUGCCAAGAGCAAGCCCAAAAAGACCUCCAAGUCUGACUCGGGAUCAUCCAGCAGCAGUGGCUCGUCUUCUGGAUCGGAGAGUGAUUCUGGCUCUGACUCUGAUUCCGGCUCUGACUCUGGCUCUGAUUCUGGUUCUGGCUCUGGUUCUGAUUCCGGCUCUGAUUCCGGCUCUGGUUCCGGCUCUGACUCUGGUUCAGACUCUGGUUCUGAUUCUGGCUCUGGCUCUGACUCUGACUCUGGUUCUGAUAGCGGCAAAAAGUCAUCUCAAGCAGCCAAGAAGUCUCAAAAGACAAAGGUUGAAAAGAAGGAGCAGCAUGGCGGAUCAAGCAAGUCUUCAUCUGGUGCAGAGGUUCACAAGCAUGUUGAGCGCCAUGAAGUCUCUGGUGACAUUGAAGUUGUGAAGGUCGAAAAGAAAAAGAAAGUGAUUGUACGCGAAGAGUAA